AACCCCCUUCCUUCUUCCGCAGUAGCUGUCUGCAGCACCAAAGCUCUUUGGCUGUGUGUGUGUAGUGCAAGAAGGGACAUGAUGCUCACCCCCGCUGCAGGUGUUAUUUUAGUAUUAACUUGGAUUCAUCCAAGUUACGCAUUGUAUUUCCACAUAGGAGAGACGGAGAAAAAAUGCUUCAUUGAAGAAAUCCCAGACGAGACCAUGGUUAUUGGAAAGUACAGGACUCAGCUGUGGGACAAGCAGACCAGUUCCUUCCUUCCAUCCACCCCUGGCCUUGGGAUGCAUGUGGAGAUCAAGGAUCCAGAUACAAAGGUCAUCCUUUCUCGUCAGUAUGGGUCAGAUGGACGGUUCACCUUCACCUCCCACACUCCUGGGGAACAUCAGAUCUGUUUGCACUCGAACUCCACCAAAAUGGCUCUUUUUGCAGGAGGGAAACUGAGAGUUCAUCUGGAUAUUCAGGUUGGAGAACAUACCAACAACUAUCCUGAAAUUGCAGCUAAGGACAAACUCACCGAGCUGCAACUGCGAGUCCGACAGCUACUGGACCAAGUUGAACAGAUCCAGAAGGAGCAAAACUACCAGAGGUAUCGUGAAGAGCGGUUUCGCAUGACGAGCGAGAGCACCAACCAGCGCGUUCUCUGGUGGUCCAUCGCUCAGACGCUCAUCCUCAUCAUCACCGGCAUUUGGCAGAUGAAGCACCUCAAAAGCUUCUUUGAGGCCAAGAAACUGGUGUAAUAUCUUUAUAACAAUGGUCCCAUUAGGCCUCUUUGAGGCCAGGAGCAAGAAACAUAAGCACGAGUAGACAGACUUGACUAACCAAAGUGGGAAGACGCCUAACCACAGUGCCGAAACAUCCAGGAGGAGACGUGUGGUCUUAAUGUCAGCCAUAAAUGGUGCGAACAGAUUCCCAGAGGCAGGUCUCAGGACUGGGCAACAUCCUUGUAAUGUUUUAGGCUAAGGGUUUUUUUCAGUGGCAAGACAGCACACAACAUUCCAAUUGCCGCCUUGCUGUGUUGUGUUUUGUCUUGACAAUAUUUUCUGUGCAAAAAGAACAUUAAUGAACUGAGGUUAUUUUAUGGUCAAACAAGAGGGAAUUAAUACUGCAGUAGAUAAGAAUGAGAAUGUUCAAGCUGUUACAAGUUUACUGAUACAUGAUUUUAUGAAGACAAUUUCUGUCAUUGCUAGUGUUGCACAGAGUUUUAUUUCCAAGUUUUGAAACCUCUAACCGUGUGCUUUCAGCUCUGUUUGUCAAGUGGUAACUUUUAUUUUCCUAGCCUUGAUUCCUUACAUGUUUAUCUGAGAAUGUUUUCUUCAAGCAUUGUAUCUGGCAUUUAUAUGAGGUAUAUAAGCCCUUUGUUAAUGAUUUGUAACACAUUAAUAUAGGGGUAUGCAGCAAUGGGGACAUUUUAAGUGGUUAUUAAUGUCUUUAUAACAAUUACAACCUCCCAUUCAUCAAUGAAUAAACAGUCAUUAAUAACACAGUAUAACAAGAAUGGCAGUCAGCAGAGCGUACAUCUCCACCAAGGCCCACCAGUCCCCUUUAACUCAGUCAAGCCUAAUCCAAUAUCAAACUUGACAUUCCUGUAUUACUGUACAUUUUUAACAACUGUAACUGCUCAACAGUAUCUCAUCAGAUCAUCCAGGAUCCACAUCAAAUUGUCCUUGCCUGUCAAUAGCAGCCACCUAAAUACACUGCAAUAUUUUACCAAAAAUGUUCUCACAUUGUUAAACAAAGUGAGAAAAAAUCCCUGGAUCUGUGCCUAAAGUUUCUUCAGACACCAGAUUUGUUUCAGUUGUUCAUGUGUAAUCCUGUUGACAAACCAACCAGUGGACACAGAUGAAAACAUAACCACGUUUGCAGAGGUGAUCCCGCUGUGAUGAUCUGCGAACACACAGAUGUAGCUGUUACAAAGCAUUUAUUAACUCCGAUCAUUCACGGGGAGGUUUGAAACUGUUCUGAACUGAAACUGCUUCAAGGUUUUUUCUGGAUUUCAGUAGCUGUCUAAUUCUCAGCUCAAGGUCUGUUUACAAGUUUUCUUCCAGAGCUUUCAGCCUCCAUCAGGUAAUGAAUUAGGCUCAGUUGUGAUGGAUAUAUUUAUUUGGAAAUAAAUUCAAAUGCAUUAAUGAACACAAAUAGUUGAUUAAACAAAUACCAAUAUUUCAUAACCUUAUAACCCUGUCCAUGAUCCAUUACCUCUGCAUACAGCAGUUACAGAAAAGUAAAGAAUUUGAUAACCACUUUAAAAUGUCCCCUUCAAUAAUUUCCCCUUUUAUUGCUUUUAUAAAUGGGAUGGUGGCCAAUAUAAUUGGGCUUUUUUUGAGAAGAAUUCACAAAAAGAGGUGAAAACAGAUUUCUGCACAGUAAUGUCUAUUAAUUCUGGACUUUAUAAUUGUAUUCCAGAUAACUCGCAAGACUGCUCAAGGUUACACAGGGAUCGGGCAUUUUUAAGUGCAGCCACAAAUUGUCUAUUGGAUUGCGGUCUGGGCUUUGACUCGACCACUCCAGAACAUCCGCCUUGUUGUCUUUCAGUCAAUUUUGUGUAGCUUUAGCUGUAUGCUUGGGGUCAUUGCUUUGCUAGAUAAUAAAUCUUCCCCCAAGUCGCAGUUCUCUUGCAGACUGGAUCAGGUUCUCCUCCUUCAGAGUAGUCACAGACUGUCUUGGUGGCCUCCCUCACUAGUCUCCUUCUAGCACGGUCUCUCUAGGCACAUAUACACAUGUGAUAUUCCUUCCGUUUCCAGGAUGCAUCUAACUGAACUCGGGAUGUUCAGUGCAUUGAAAAUGUUUUUGUAUCAUCCCCUUACUUAUACUUUUCAAAAACUUUUCAAUACCUUUUCAGUGAUACUGAUUAACCAAAUUGUGUCAAAAAGACAAAUUACAUUGACCACGAUUCCAUUUAUGAAAGCAAUAAAAGGGGAAAAUAUCCAAGUGGGUGUGUACUUUUUAGAGGCUGUAAUAUCUUCUUAGAACCCAAUAUUAAAGUGCAUAAGCAAGAGGAUAAUACUGCUCAUUAAUGUAA